AUGCCUGCGAAGACAAGGAAGAGGAAGGCGUCUGAAGAGGAGGUGGAUGAAGUUGAAGAAAUUCUUCAACCUGCAAAGAAGACAGGUCGUACUGCGCGAGCAAAGCCUAGCAAUCGAGCCGCCAAUAGCACUUUGAAGAAAUCAAAGUCAGCUUCGUCUUCUGCGAAGAGCGCAAAGAAUGAGAUUCGGCGAAACGCAGAUAGCUUGCUCCGCAUGAUUGAGGACCAGUACAACAACGCUCGAUCUGGAAUUACUGGAAAUAACUCGUUGAGCUCCAAGAUUUCUGCUAUUCUGCAAGAUGGUCUCGAUACACAGAGCGUUAUAUAUCAACAGUCGCACAGUCGUAUCAAAACCUUACAGCAUACCCUAGAUGAGUACGAAACGGUCAAUCGAGACUCGAUCAAGGUCAAGAAGCCCAUUGAAGGAGCCCAAUGGGAACAAGACGCAAAAGAUGUCGCCGAGGUGGAUAAGAAGGCAACAGAUAUUUUGAUACAGACGUUAAAUGGAUUGGUCAUUUCUGGAGAACAUGCUAAAUCGCUAAGAUCAUCACGUUCUGGAGAUGAUAUCGAACAGGUAGCUUGGCGGUGGAUUGAAAGCGGAAUUCCACCCGCAGAUGAUACAUGGGGAUCGAGUGCACGAGAAACUUUGAAGGCUUUUGUGGGAGUUGCAAAGCUGCUUUUGUAA